AUGUCGUAUUCGCUCCAACGAUUUGAUUUUGGAGACAAUUCAUGUUACACUGACCAGGUGACAAUUCCAAAAAGCAAAUUCAGUCUAUUUUUCCACUCGACUGGAGAUUACAAAAGCGACUCGAUAUUUGUUCAGUUGGUUGGAGGGAAUACGAACAAGCGUGUGAUUGCCUCUGUAAUUGGCCCAAACAACACCGAAGACACCAUAAUAAUUCCAAAGUUAUUAUUUCCUUUAGAAGAGACUUCGGUAUCUAUGAAGCGUGUUGAUUUAGAACAACUUACUUCCAUGACAAUAGUCCCAUCAAACAAAGAGUGUUAUUUCAUCGAAGACAUAUUAAACAUUAUCAAGUCACAAUUGCGCUUUGCGCGAAGUGUGUAUGAAGGGAUGGAGUUCUCAGUUAAUGUCAUCACAGACAAACGAGUGGGGUUACUUAAGAAAGCAACUUUUCUUGUGAAGUCGACGGUACCUAAGAAUGAAGCUUAUAUCUCAUUAAGAGACGUAGAGUAUACAAUCCAUUAUGAUCCAGUCGACGCAAAGAAUAUGGAAAUUGAAGACUCAGUGUAUUCCUUUGUCGAUGAUUUGGACAAAGCGAGUCAAAGCGACAAGUCAGAAAGUCCGAGUGACAACGACGCGACCAAACAGAAGUGUCAAUUUUGUGGGAAUUCUGUGAAUACAAAAAAUUUCCAAAUGCAUCAAAUUCAGUGUAAAAAGGUAAAUAUGGUGUGUCCAACAUGCCAUAAAGUUCUACUUGUCAAAAACUACGAAAAACACCAAGAAACUCACACAUUCAUUUCAUGCCCGUUUUGCAAAUAUCGCGUCGCUCGAUGCGAUCUUUUAAAACACAUUGGGGAAGACGGAAGUUGUGAAAAGAAGACGGAGAAGUGUCGGAAGUGUGGGAUGUACUUCCCGAGUAACGAACUCAAAACACACAAGUUCUUGUGUGAUAUGGGAAUCAAUGAGUCUGAGGAAUAUAUCAAACAAGAGUCAACCAAAAUAGGAGGGGAAGUCAAAGAAGAAAAAAUCGAGAGA